CCAAGUGACCUCAAUGAUUGUGAUAGCCCGCUUUGCAGCAGAGUGGUGUCUGGAAUGCCUGAGGCAUAUAAAUUUAAAAGCCUCCAGACCAAGUGAUUUGAGUAUUCGAAUUGAUGUGAACAUUUGAUAAGUUCAAUAAACGUUUGAAUCGGCUUGAUUACACUUAUUAAGAGCCAAAAUUUAUGAUUUCGUAUUUGAAAUAAUGAUACGAACGGAAAGUUGAGUAGUUCCCGAUAUCAAAUAUCAACAACGUCUAAAUUUUCGUUUGCCCACUUUGUUCUCACGAGCAAAACCUGAAAUCCCACACUACCAACCUAAAACAGAUAGAGUCAUGUCCGCAUCUCUCAACGUGAUCGCCUUGGUAUCGGGUGGAAAGGACAGUUUCUUCUCAAUAUUGCAUUGCAUUCAGAAUGGACAUAAAAUCGUUGCUCUAGGAAAUCUCCAUCCACCUCUCACUGAGCCACAAACGGAAGAAAGCGAUGGUAUUCACGAGGAUGAAAAUGAUCUUAAUAGUUUUAUGUAUCAGACUGUAGGGCAUACAAUUAUUCCAUUGUAUGAAGAGGCACUUGGUAUUCCAUUGUACCGACAGGCUAUUCUUGGUAGUGCUAUUCAAACGGGGACAAGUUAUGAUCAUGCGGAUCUCACGAGUUCUGGUGCCGAAGAAUUGGUAGAAAUGAAGAGUGCGGAUGGAGAUGAGACGGAAUCUCUGGUUCCUUUGUUACAAAGAAUUAAAGAUGCGCAUCCUGAAGCAAAUGCUCUUAGUACAGGCGCAAUACUAUCUACAUAUCAACGAACACGCGUGGAAUCUGUAGCAAUACGAUUAGGACUCGUGCCUCUUUCGUUCUUGUGGCAGUAUCCGAUUCUUCCACCUGGUAUGCAGAUUUCUCUUCUGCAGGAUAUGCAAGCUGUAGGAUUGGAUGCGAGGAUUAUCAAGGUGGCCAGUGGUGGGCUCGAUGAGAGCUUUCUGUGGGAAAAUGUUGCAAGUGAGAAGGGGAUGCGGAGAGUGGAAAGAGCUAUGAAAAGAUUCAGUAUUGAUGGUGAUGGAGCUGUGUUAGGUGAGGGUGGGGAGUUUGAAACCCUAGUUGUGGAUGGACCGAGUUGGUUAUUCAAAAAGAGAAUAGUGGUGGAGACAGAAGACACAAGGAUCGUAAGGGAAGGUGGAGGAUCUGCUUGGAUAAAGAUAAGUAAGGCUUCUUUAGUGGAUAAAGAAAGCAUCGAGAACAAGGAAAGCUCGUGUAGAGUACCAGAACUGCUUGAACAGAGAUCUUUGGAAAUCCUAUCUGCGUUGGACAAAAAUGAUCAUUCCUAUGACCUUUCCACGUCAAGCACCCCGUGUAGCGGAUCAUUGGAAUCGCCAACGUGGGAGCUCAAAUCAUCGACUGCUAACGGCAUCGAAGGCGGCAACAUGACACAUUGGACAAUUAUACCAGAAAGUGCCUCUUGUUCAUCGAUAUUAGAUGAAGCCAGAAGUGUCGUGGAAUCCAUAAAGGCGCGACUUAAUCAAGCAUCGUUGAAAACCACAAACAUCGUUUCGACCAUGAUAAUGCUGCGCUCAAUGGAAGAUUUCACAACAAUCAAUAAGAUUUACGGCACUCUCUUCCCUCACCCCAAUCCAGCAUCUCGCGUAACCAUCUCUUGCGGAUCUUCAAUGCCCCUAAACAUAUCUCUAAUUAUUCAUCUCACACUGCAUAUUCCCUCGGCUACCUCGUCACCCCGCAAAGCUCUACAUGUACAAUCGCGUUCCUACUGGGCCCCCGCCAAUAUCGGGCCAUACUCCCAAGCCAGCUCACUCCCCUCGUCGCUCUCCUCCUCCCAAACCCUCACCAUCGCCGGUCAAAUUCCUCUCAUCCCCCACACCAUGCUUCUCCCCACUUCAUUACCCUCGUCCUCAUCCCCCUUCCACAUCUCCACCAUCCUCUCCCUCCAACAUCUCCUCCGCAUCGCAGACGCCACCUCCAUCAAAUGGUUCACCAGCGCCUGCAUCUACAUUCCCACCCCGCACCCCGAAUCCUCAUCCCCAUCCCCCUCCUGCUCAUCCGCCCUCUCAAAAAUCGCCUACCAAGCCUGGAAACACAUCCACACCCCCCCAUCCCCAGAUUCCGACCACGAUUCCGACGCCGAACCGCGCGAUCUCUGGGAAGAAAAGUUCCGCUACUCCAACACCACCCCCCUAUCAAACGAACACACGACAACCACCUAUCCUGGCCACGAGAUCCUGCAAUCGGAUACCCCUACGAUCCCACCUUUCUGGACCGCCGAGGUGGAUUCCUUGCCCCGCGGAAGCGAGGUGGAAUGGCAUGCGCAUGUGGGCGUAUGUGAUGGUCCCAUCGAUGUUUGUUUUCUUCUUUCUCUUCUUCUUCCCCGUUUUCUUGUAAAGAAUGUCGAGACACACGAGCACCGCGGCAAUUCUCUCACGACUUCUUCUACGCGUCAUACUGUUCUUACUUUUCCUUCUGAUGUUAUUCCUUCGCCUGAUGAUCUUAAAGAUGACUAUAGUAAUCGCGGGUUGAUUAAUCUGGUUUAUGUGGAUACAUCGCUUGUCGAUGUGAAUAAACUUCUAAGUGCAGGAUGGGAAGGCAAAGGAGUGAUACCUUGUAAGAGUUUAUGGGAUGGCGAGGGGAGAAGAUUAAGCACUGUGAUUGUAUUCUGGGGAGAUGCGAGGUAGAGAUGACAAAAAGAAUUCUGUGAUGUUGACUAGAUUUUCGAUUAGGAUAUCUAAUGAAUAUGUGAUGUGAUGUGAUAUGAUUGGUGAUGCCAAACGAAAUCUCGAUAUUAAGAUACUUUCGAAAUUGUCAUGUCCCUAUCUCUUUGCUGGACUACCAACCCCCACCACCCCCUUUCCCUCC